GCAAGGCACGGUACAACCACCAGAACUAACCCAGGAUGGUGACCUCGUUAUCGGAGGCAUUUUUUCAUUUCGCACAGGGCAGGAUUACGUAACUAACUCAUUUCAGACAAUGCCAGAGUUGAGAAAAUGCAAAAACUUCAAUUUUAGAGAAUUCAAAUUUGCUCAAACAAUGAUCUUCGCUAUAAAUGAGAUAAACAAAGACCCUGAAAUGCUGUCUAAUGUUAAACUUGGCUACAAGAUUUAUGAUAACUGUGGAACCAUGGACAUACUGAGAGCUGCACUGGCACUGGUGAGCGGACAAAAGGGAGAAAUCAGGGACGACAACUGCACUAGAACUGAGGCAGUUCAAGCUAUCCUGGGGCAUUCAGGGUCAAGACCAACAAUUGCUUUUGCAGAGGUUGUGGGGAGGUUUCAAGUACCUGUGAUCAGUCAUUUUGCCACAUGUGCUUGUCUGAGCAACAGGAAGCAGUAUCCCACUUUUUUCCGAACUAUUCCCAGCGACUACUACCAGAGCAGAGCCCUGGCAAAGCUGGUCAAGCACUUUGGCUGGACCUGGAUUGGGGCUGUAGCUGUGGACAACGAAUACGGACUCAACGGCAUAGCAGCGUUCAUCCAGGCUGCACAAGAGUACGGCAUAUGUGUUGAGUAUUCCGAAGCAUUUUCAUCGUCAGAUCCACCCGACAGGCUACAGCGAAUAACAGAGGUUAUUAAGCGUUCCACUUCAAGAGUGGUCAUGGCUUUCAUGUCCCACAGAGAAAUCAAGUUGCUUGCUUCUGAGCUGCACAAACAGAACACUACGGGACUUCAGUGGGUCGGCAGCGACGCCUGGAUCACGGAUCACUCUCUGACUGACAGCGAGGGACACGGCAUCCUUGUGGGCUCGUUAGGCUUCACCGUGGCCAAGGCUGAGAUCCGCGGGCUGGAGGAGCACCUGAGGCAGCUCCACCCGUCACAGUUUCCCGGCAGCCAGUUUGUCAGGGAUUUCUGGGAAGACGUGUUUGACUGCUCUCUGAAUGACAGCACGGACACACGGAGGCAGCCAUGCAGUGGCUCCGAGAGCUUGCGGGAUAUUGAAUCACAGUUCACUGAUGUGUCUGAACUCAGGUUCACUAAUAACGUGUAUAAGUCGGUUUACGCCGUGGCUCAUGCUCUUGACAGCCUGAUUAAAUGCGAGCCUGGCAGACCGGCCUUUUCUAACGGGAGCUGUGCCGACCUCAAACACGUUCUACCGUGGCAGGUCUUGCACUAUCUCAGUAAUGUAAAUUUCACCACUGAAGAAGGAGAAAGAGUCUAUUUUAACAGCGAAGGAGAUUCACCAGCGAGAUAUGAACUUGUUAAUUUGCAAAUUACAAAAAGAGGGACCAUGGAAGGAGAAACGGUUGGCCUUUAUGAUGCUUCUUUUCCAGACAGUCAUCAGUUUAUCAUGAACAACAUCCCAGUUACUUGGGCUAAUGGGGUCACUGAGGAGGUGCCAGUGUCAGUCUGCAGUGAGAAAUGUCUCCCAGGGACUCAUAAGGCACUCCAGAAGGGAAAGCCAGUCUGCUGUUAUGACUGCAUACCAUGCCCCGCAGGCGAGAUCAGUAACGUAACAGAUUCAAUACACUGCAUGAAAUGUCCACUGGAGUACUGGUCCAACGAACGGAGAGACGCUUGCGUCCCCAAAGCAGUAGAAUUCCUGGCAUACGAUGAAAUUCUUGGAACGCUCUUGGUGUUUUUUUCAUUGCUGGGAGCUUUUCUCACGCUGACCGUCACACUAGUGUUCUACUGCCACAUAGAAACCCCACUGGUGCGGGCCAACAACUCGGAGCUGAGCUUCCUGCUGCUCUUCUCCUUGACUCUGUGUUUCCUGUGCUCUCUGACUUUCAUCGGCCGGCCCUCUGAGUGGUCCUGCAUGCUGAGACACACAGCGUUUGGCAUCACCUUUGUCCUCUGCAUUUCGUGCGUCUUGGGGAAAACACUAGUGGUGUUAAUGGCCUUCAGGGCUACACUUCCAGGCAGUAAUGUGAUGAAAUGGUUUGGGCCUGCCCAGCAGAGACUCAGCGUGCUGUGUUUCACUCUGAUACAGGUUUUGAUUUGCGUACUUUGGCUCACGAUAAACCCUCCUUUUCCCUUAAUGAAUUUGCUUCUGUAUAAAGACAGAAUCAUCUUACAGUGUAAUCUUGGAGCAGCUGCAGGUUUCUGUGCCGUUCUGGGAUACAUAGGAUGUCUGGCGGUGUUGUGUUUUAUUUUUGCUUUUCUGGCUCGAAAGCUGCCUGAUAAUUUCAACGAAGCUAAGUUCAUCACCUUCAGCAUGUUGAUAUUCUGUGCAGUGUGGAUCGCCUUCAUUCCAGCGUACGUCAGCUCUCCUGGGAAGUUCACUGUAGCUGUGGAGAUCUUUGCUAUCUUGGCCUCCAGCUACGGGCUACUCUUCUGCAUUUUUCUACCAAAGUGUUUCAUAAUCUUGUUUAGGCCAGAACAAAACACUAAAAGACACAUAAUGGGUAAAACAUCUAAUAAUGAUAUACGUUAUUAGCGUUGUGGAA